AUGAAUACAUUAAAGUGUUUGGCACAUGUAAUAUCCAAGAGUGGAAAGGAAACUCCAAGAUUAUAUCAGAAAGUAAUAUUCCCAGAUCUGUUCAAAGAGGAUACAACAGUUGUAAAAGUCAAGAAAGUGAAACAACAGGAAAAUGAUUGCCCAGAAUUAGCGUCAAUAAAUGUAGAUUCUAAAACAAUGACACAGCGGGGAGUGAAAUAUGAAAGAGAGCAAGUCAAGGAGUACCUUUUAUAUUUGCCAACUUUAACGCUUUCCAGGAAAGAGAUUAGGGAUGACUAUGAUGAGGAACGUGCGAAACAAAUGUAUAUAAUUUCUAAACAGAUGAAGUCUUCGAACAAAUUUAAGAAACUUCUUACAGCAAAGUCUCAAGAGUUCACUAGAGAAUUACUGACGUUACUGAUAGGCUGUACAUCAAUUGAAGAGAAUCCGCGAUCUGAACAUUUCACUCGCAAAUUUCUUAAGUUCAGUAAUCAGGAAAUUCCUCCCCUCCCUGAUUUUUCAAAGAACCCUCAAUUGUUUGAAAAUUAUGUUGGACUAUUAACUCAUACGAAGUUCAAUUUCCGUUCGUCCUCAAAUCUAAAUGGUAUUGUGCGUAAAAUAUUGCGGCACCUGCUUCAUCCAACCAAUAAGACAACUCUAUCAUUACGCUCUCCUCAAGUAUAUAAUGACGCAAUUUACUUUUUUAGCGAACAUUUCGAUUUUGCGUCUUGCAGAGAAAUAUUUGCACAAAUGAAAGCUGAGGGGUCCAAACCAAAUACUGUCACUUUCAAUCUUUUAUUGCGUAACGUAGUUAAAAAUACACACAUUAGAAAAACCAAAUAUCCUGAUGAUGAGGUCCUUUUUUAUCUUAGAAGUAUGCGUAAUCAAGGAGUCUGUGCAGAUAUAAUAACUUGGACAACGUGUUAUAACUUCCUUCGAGAUGAAAUUUCGAGGCAAUUGUAUAUUGUACAGAUGGGUGAACAUUUAGGGAACUUUAACAUAAAUUUUGUUUACACCGUGCUGAGAAAUGGGGAUUAUACAGCUGAAGAUUGUUUGAAGGUUCUAGCCACAAAUUCGUUACCAAUUUCCCGAAAAAUGCUCUAUUUAUGCAUAGAAAGACUAUUGAAUGAGGAGCAAGUUAAAACUGCAUCUAAACUACUCGAUUAUGGUUUUCAACAUUUGAGAAGUAAUUUCAGGUUGAACUCUGAAGGAAUGAACCAUUUCAUGCGUGUAUUUGCUACUAAGGGGAGGACUGAUUUGGCAUUUCUUUGUUAUAAUACCUGUUGUAAGAUUUACAAAAUUAAACCAGAUUCUGAGACAUUCGAAAUGUUGUUCAAAGCAUUGGUUAGAAAUGGUAACACCAAGAAUUUUGGAACAGUUCUCAAGUAUAUCAAAGAGUUGAAGGCUGCUGAAGGAUUUGGAUUACGCACAACAUAUUGGAGUGUCAAAGCGGAGUCGAUUUUAAAAUUCAGUAAUUCUACUGUUCCCUCAGAAAAGUCACUUGAAAAAGCAAAGAAAUUGGUGGGUAGCCUUGUUGCUUCUAAGGGUGAAUUUUCUUGGAAAAUUUGGAAAGAAAGCGACUCUGACCAAAAGAAAAUACUACGAUUUAUAGGCUGUAUCCCCAUGACCCUACGCUCAACCAAUACACAACAUCAUCACCAAAAUCCCACAGGCUUACCUUCGAAGAUUUCCCAAAAAAAAAAAGAGUUCCGAAAUCGAAUCAAGGCAAUAGCUACAGAGGCUGCUUUCGAAAAGAGAAAGGCAUACAUCAAAAACAAUGAUGCAGCUUUCGAAAAAGAGCUAGUGGAAAGAAUGAUAAUCAAAGAGAUUUGA